AUGUUCAUCGCGAUGACGGAUGACAUGACUGAAGAAGGAGUGGAACUCUUUAGGAGAAACCAUUUUGUGCCUCGUGAGGGCGCAUGUCCUAUGGUUCCAGUUGCCUUCAUAGUCCAUCAUUCAAAUCAUUUCUUCACCGUCAUCUUCGACUUUCAGGGACGCCUAGCCCAUGUACUGGGUCGACAUAUUUCAGAUGAUGCCAUGGACGUGGAUGGAGUAAAUCCACAUGACUGGAAGGAUUGGAGAGGACCAGAAUUUUGGAAGAGAAUUGCAGCCCUUCAUGGCUGGAGCCCAGAGGAUGUCGAUGAUGUUGUCCUGAUACCUAGGGAUUGGGAACAAAAUGGAGUCGACUGCGGGCCUAUUGCAUGCUCUGUGUUGGAGCAAUGCAUCAACACAGGGCUGGACGAGCACGGACACCUACCAUCCUUUCAUGUAAAAUGUGGACACCUACUGCGAAUCAAGAUUUUGCACAUUAUCGCAGGACGUAUCAAGACAAGCUGCCACGACUACCUUAUGAUGCUAGACAACCCUCCGGACGAUUGGAGCGCAGAUGAUAUGCCAGAUGAGGAGGUCAUCAAUGUCAUCCAGAAUGGACGACACCAGGCCGAAUGCCUUCAACUCUUGCGGAAAUUGACUGUUGUGAGCGCUACCUGUUCAACAUGCCAACGGCCCAUCGUCACCCAGGAUGUCGAGAACACAUCGCACCCUUGCCAGAAUGACGGUGGAGCUCCAGUGGAUGAUGAUGGUGCGGAGGAUGUUGAAGAUGAAGACGAUGAUACCCUUGGCACAGGCUUACCUGCAGAUAGGAAGGCCAGACUUGCGCGACUGUUCAAAACUAACAAUGAACUGGCCGGAUCUCGGAAUCGUCCAAUUGAUUCACAACGUUCUGGAUCGGCCUCUGCAUCUCGUAGGCGAGUUUCCAACUGGCAUCUUGGAAGCAACAAACGCUUUCCACGUCCCAUCGCACCAGUCGCCCUGGCUGCAUAUAACGGUCGACGAUGGCUUGAGGAUGAACUCACAUUCGAUGAUUAUGAGGGUGGACCGACAAUAGAAAUGCUAAGAUCUCCGAGGGAAAACAAUACCUUGAUGACAUUCCAGGCUGGAGGGAUGCAGGUGUCCACUGCGUGGUUGGACUGGGUCGAUCAUGGUUAUAGAAUCACCCGAAGCGCAUUCCACAAUUUCUAUCAAUGUGACCCUAUCGCAACUAUGGACCACAUCAUGUCAAUCGGCACCACCGCCUCCUAUGAUGCUUCAAAACAGAUUCCGGAUCGUGUAACAGGCGCAUAUACCCUGGAGCGACUGGGUUUGGAUGAGGGUGGACGGCACACACAGGUCACAGAUGUAGAAAUACUUUCCCCCUCUCAGAUCAUCGACUUUGCACACUACGAUCCACCACUCCAUGAUGAGUGUAGGUUCGGACAUGACGCCUUUGUCCGUGGCCACGCCAGCCAUCGCUAUGGAGAAGGACCAGCAUUUUAUGUGGACCUCGAACAAGAUGCAAUUCAAUUUUCGGAAGAUGAGAUAGAGAGAUCGGUGGACAUAGACAGCAUCAUAUGGACUACCAAAACAUUCCGAUGCACAGGCAGCGUUGGGAUCUAUGUCACGCCACCAUUUCAAACGAAACCUGGGAUCUACAAGCACAAUCACACAUAUGUAGAGAUCACAAUUCCACAGUCGGAAGAAGACGCAAACACUCCUGGUGGGAGGACUGAAUGGCUAUCCAAACGAAUGCCGAUGUCUGCCAUUCCUCACGCCUGCAUUGGGCGCAUAUCAUCAGCUGCCUCAACACUCAAUCUUUACAUCGCAUUCCCAAGGAUGAUUCACAAACACCCAGUGAAUGGUCGGAGAAUCACGCUGAUCCCACAGGAGGUACAGGACAUCUUUUGGGACAGGGUGUUGCUUCCAUCUAUAGGAGACUGCACCGAUGUCAGCUGGCAGCCGUACCUGAAAUACACAUUGGAGGAGGCACGAUACAAGGCAAAGGGAGCAGGGAGGCGCCAAGGAGGAUGGACACCCCCCAAAUCAAUUCCACUGUCAGAUGACGACUUCAGGGACGUACAGAACCGCAUGCAUGAUCGAAUUCGCGAUGGUGAGGCUGAGCUCAGCAUGUAUGGCUCUUUGUUUUUCAUUCUGGAGGGCAAGGGGAUAAAGCUACUUACGAAGGAUGGACAACGAGGGCGCUUUGGAGGUCCAGAAGAGGCCCUUUGCAGCAACCUCCCUGACCUCGACUGGCCAUACAUGAUAGACAGGAGCCACGGCGAGCUGUUGGUGGAUGUUGGUAUCUCAUUCACACCUCACUCCCCAGAUGUCCCAGUCGUUGGAGUAUGGAGAUUAGAUGCUUUGGAAGCAUCAUUCGGAGCAGGGGGUUACAAGAGAGGCGAGAUCCAUCAUCACAACACACUCUCAAGAUAUGGUGCGCUGCAGGCAGAGAUGCAGCAGGAGAGAUCACAGCAAACCCAUAUCGCAUUCAGGAGCACCUACAAUCUCUACUAUGAAUCCAUCCGAACAAACAACAACCAGGUGAACUUCGCAUCGGACAGUGAUGCCUACAAGCUUGCACCAUCCUAUAUGGCUGAAUGCUUCCAAAUAUGCAAGGUGAUCGAUGGUUGUAGGGGAAAAACAUAUGGAGUGAGGGAUGAAUAUAGGGUGAGCGGCCAGGCGGCCAGAAUAAUUCUGGAUAAUAUAGAAAGCAAGGCGAUGGAAUAUCUGCAGUCUGAUCCAAUCCUGUGGAUACCAUCGAAAAUCUGGUUCGAGUUCAUGAAGCGCAGGGUGCGGGAGAUUCAAAGGACGCAGAUUGCUAUUGUCAAAAAGAAUCCUCCCAAUCUCGGCAUCCUCACUGGCCUGCUCAACCACAUGCUUCGUUCGACAACAUCUACCCCGAUCAUCUAUGAUUUUCACGUCCGUGAAUCACUUGCCCUCCUCGAAUACAGAAAUGUACUGGAGACAGCAGGGAUGUUUUUCCUGCAGGAAUUUGAUGUCGGCAGCGAUGCAUGCCUGGACGCAGUGCAGCAAGUCGACGAUGUGAAUGUGCUGGCUAUUAUGGGUGUUAAUGCCAAGGCUCAAAGGGAUAGAGCAGUGGGAAGGCUGGAGUCUUUUCAAAGUACUGAGCCGGAGCUGGAAGACUAUCCUCUCGGCCGAAAACCAACUUGGAAUCGACUCAAAGCUGUUGUGGCCAGUUCACCUGCCACAAUCAUGAGACCAUGGGCAUGGUCAUCCUGGUUAUCGAACACAGGACUGUCCGUCGGACGAUUAUUCAUCAUGUUCACAAAGCACGUUUGGCUAAUGCUCACACCCGAGGUCUUGAAGGGAAUCAGACCACACCCAAACUCACUCCAGGAGGCCAUGAAAUGCUGGACAAUA